ACAGCUGGUGACGUCAUCACGCCGGCCGCUCACUGACACCUGCAAGGAAAACAUUCCGAAGCCAUUUUGGCUGGUGAAGCUGCGGAGCUGCCCCAACCUGUCGCGCAGUGCAGCGGGCGAUGCCCCGGGCAGGAGCAGCCAGGGACGGGAAGAUCUCGGAGCUCAUUGAGACCAGGAUGAUCAGUAGACUGACCCGAUGCUGAUGUGAAGAAAGGAACCCUGCGGGCACCAUGCCGACAGCAUCGGCACUACCCAAAGAGCUGUAUCUUUCCAGCUCCCUGUCCGAGCUUAAUAAGAAAGCUGAAGUUAAAGCAGACACAUCCAGUACAAAGAGCUAUGUCUCCACUGCCUGCAAGAUCUUUCAGAAGGCAGAGGAGUGCAGACUUGACAGAGAUGAAGAAAAAGCUUAUGUCCUUUAUAUGAAAUUUUUAUUUGUAUUUGAACUUGUGAAAAAAAGGUCGGAUUUCAAGCAGAACCAGGACUACUACAAGUCAUUACUUGGGCCUAGUACCAUCGUAAAAUCAAUUGAAGAAGCAGAAAAGCUCUCGAAAAGUCUCAAAAACAGGUAUGAGGAAGCUGAAGUUCGAAAGAGGCUCGAAGAAAGAGACAAGGAAGUACAGAGAAAAAAAGAGGUCCGUUCUGUGCCGAAGGGUGAUCCUGAAGUCUCUCAACAAACUGAUAAUAUAAAUGGUGAUAAAAAAGAGCUUGGAAGUAAGAAUGAAGUCUCUUCAAAUGCCCCUAACGGAUCUAUAACUCCAGAAAAACUGUUUGUGAUGAUGAAGGACCCAGGUAUUACUGUUGUUAUAAUGGAUGCACGCCGAGCUAAGGAUUUUGAGGAAUCUCAUAUUAUUUCUUCUAUAAAUAUUCCUGAGGAGGCCAUAUCUCCUGGAUUUACAGCAACAAGAAUUGAGAGCAGCCUUCCUGAAGCAUCAAAGGAUUCAUGGGACACCAGAAGUCAUGCUGAUUAUGUUAUUUUGCUGGACUGGUUCAGUUCUGUCAGUGACUUAAAACUUGGUACAACUCUUCAGAGCUUAAAAGAUGCUCUCUUUAAGUGGGAAACCAAGGCUAUCCUGAAAAGUGAGCCUUUAGUUUUAGAUGGUGGCUAUGAAAAUUGGCUUUUCUGCUAUCCAAUGUACACCACAAAUGGGAAAGUAUCUGUGCCUAGAAGUAACAAAGAUGAAAACGCAGUCUUGUCAUUGAAUUUUAGCUAUCCCUCUCUGGAAGAGCCACCACCUUCUCCACCUGCUGUUCAGGUCCAACCUUCUCUACCUGCUGUUCAGGUCCAACCUUCUCCAGUGUAUUCACCAGAUGUUCAAGAUGGAGAAAGAAAAGUCAUUCAAGCAGUAAAACUAGAAGAACCCAUCAGUAUAAUUCAGGAGUCAGAGCCAGCAGGUCCUGUACAGCCUGCAGCACCUACCAAGCUUAUCCCUCAGAUUGAUCGCACUAAGAAGCCAACUGUUGUAAUUGGUGACAAUUCAAAAAUACCUAGGAAUGAAGUGAAAGAAAACAAUCCAGUUCAAAAUGUUAAAAUUAUUCCUGAUCGUUCUACAAAGCCAUCAUUAGACACCAAACCUCCCAAAGUAGAAAUCCAUUCUUCAUCAGAUAGUACCACACCGGAUAAAUAUCAAGACAAAAAACAAGACACAGACAAGGGUGACAUCAGAGACACUAGUACUCAAGAAGAAAAAGAAAUCAAUCCGGUCAAUACCCGAGAAUCUGACUCUGGGACUCCACAGAAAAAACAAGAAUCCAUGGACAAAGUUUUUAUUGAUAAGGAAAUUAAGAAAGCUGGUCCAGAGCAAAAUGUGAAAAAGAAAGACGUGACGGUGUCUGCUGUUCCGAAGAAGCAUGAAGGGGUUAAAGGGCUUCAAGACGACAAAGCGGAGCCGGUUACAAAAGAUAUUGCUGAAGACGAUCGACCUAAAAGAGAGCCCUUGAUGCGAGCUCGAAGUGAAGAGAUGGGUAGAACAGUUCCUGGAAUGCCUGAAGGCUGGGUUAAGUUCCUUGAUGCUGUAACCGGUACUUACCGCUAUUAUCAUUCACCAACGCACACGGUUCACAUGUAUCCACCUGAAAUGGCUCCCUCAACUGCUCCUUCAUCAACUCCAGUUCAGAAAGUGAAGCCUCAAGCCCAUUCAGAUGUAGACAAGGAGCAAACAAAGUUGAAACGAUCAUAUUCUUCACCAGAUUUAUCCCAGGCUAUUAAAGAUGAUGAAAAGAAGAAGCCAACACCGCAGAUCAACCGAGAAAAUAAACCGACAACCCACACGAAAACCGAGAUCACAAAGUUAUCCGCAUCUAAGAUCCGCAGCCUCAAUCCCGUGUUUGGAGGUUCAGGCCCCGCACUUACCGGUCUGAGGAAUCUUGGCAACACUUGUUACAUGAAUUCCGUCUUACAGUGUCUCUGUAACACUCCUCACUUGGCAGAGUAUUUCCACAAGAACUAUUACCAAGCAGAUAUUAACAGAGCUAAUCUUCUAGGUCAUAAAGGAGAAGUGGCUGAGGAAUUUGGUGUGGUAAUGAAGGCUCUUUGGACAGGUCAAUAUAAAUACAUAACUCCUAAAGACUUCAAGGUGACAAUUGGGAAAAUCAAUGACCAGUUUGCUGGGUUCAGCCAGCAAGACUCCCAGGAGCUUCUGUUAUUCCUAAUGGAUGGGCUCCAUGAGGAUCUCAAUAAGAGAGUAAGUAAGCAAAACCAUCUUUUCAUAUUUGUAAAGGCAAUGGCUUUUUCUGUCCAUAUAUUACACCUGUGUUGGUUUUGUGUUGGAAUUAGCCGUUUGUCCUGUUCAGUAUGUGUUGUCUUCCCAUUGCAGUGGAAUACGUGCACUUCUCAUUAAUGUUAGUUCCUGCACAUCUUCUGACUGGGCUGCAGCCUGUCCAUGGCAUCUGGACUAUUUCAUACAUACGCCAGUUACGUUUUUCUUUUUUAGUAUAGUUUUCUGCAUCCUAAGAUCAUCAAAUAUCAUCUUUUUAUAAAUUUUUUGCUUGUAUAAAUAGUUAAAACCUCUAUAAAGGGAAUCUGCCGGCAGUAAAUUCACUGUUAAACCAGGCAUAAUGCUCUGCUGAAUGCAAUAUUUUACUUGGUGAACCAUUGCUUCGUUCUGGAGACACAGUACUUUUUAAUCCCUAUGCAAAUGAGCAGUUGAAGGGGUUGUCCCGAAUUUUCAUAUUGAUGGCUUAGCCUCAGGAUAGGUGGUCAGUAUGAGAUUGGCAGGGUCCGACUCCCAGUACCCCCACCGAUCAGCUGUAUGAAGAGCCCGCCUCACUCUGUGAGCACUUAUGCCUCUUCCUAGGCAUGUGAUAUCACGUUCAUCGGUCACGUGGCCUAAGGGCAGCUCAGUCCCAUUUAAGUCCAUACAAUCUCCUCCUUGAUUGUCAGGGCCAGGUUCUUGCAUAGUCAUCUCUAAGUGAAGGUAUCAUUACAUUCAGCUGAGCUAGUCUUACAAGGGAGUGUGACUGGUUUAACGGUCGGUUUCCUGGUGACAGAUUCCCUUUAAGUCCAAAAAUGCUGUGUCUUCUAAGUGGUUAAACAAGCAAGGGGAAUGCUACCAUGUUUUAAUGUCAAUCUAUGGAUUGUAUGCAAUAAAGAGGGUUCAUUUAUUCAAUAUCACUAAUGCUGGACUUCUCAUUACUACAUAUAAGGUCCAUAUAUUACUGUUCAUUUUUUUUUUUAGCAUUCAGUUGUGUUUUUGUAAAGAGUUGUAAAACUCCACUAAAGACUAGUAUGAGCAAGUGCCCCUUCUGUAAAUGCAGGUAUUAAGUGAAGUGCUGUGGUAAGUCCUAUGAUUUUGCACACCACCAAACUGUUCCACACAUGAUUCUUCAAGGAUGUUUCUGUACUGUCAUUGCUGAGCGUGCAGCUGCAGAAGAAGGCAUUCGAUUUUCUUAAGCCGGUGGACUUCCACAUGAGAAUGCAGAAGUGGAUUUAUAACUGUCCCUUCCUUCCUUCCUUAUCUUUGUUUGCACAGCACUCAGUGAAUGCCAUAGUUCAGGAACUGGCCAUGACGUGUCCUGCUCCCAUCUGGGUGGUCAUAUUAUCAGGACUGCUGGGUAGCUGCAGGAGCUGCUGUGUCUUAGACUCAGAUCAGCUCUGCAGUGCAUGUUAGGAGGCUGUAAAUCAAAUUAGCACCCGAUUGCUAGAAACUGACCCUUUGGAACUGGUGAUGAGAGGUUUCCAGGAUUCUACACUCAAGCCCCAUGGCAGGGCAUAAUGCCUGAGAUAUGGCGGCACUCUCCAACAGCAGUGGAUCCAGCAGCUUUACAGCUUGAAUGACAGAGGAUGAUUGAAAUAUACCAUAAGCUAUAACCCUUUCCUAGUGUAAUGCACAUACUAAUCACUGUAGUAAUUGCGUUCAGUAUAGCUUGGGCAUCACGGGUAGUCAAGACAUCUCGCCCCUAAAUGUCAAAAUUCUUACAUAAUGAGCAUACUGGGACUACGCGACCAAAAAAAGUAUUGUAGUGCUAAAUAUCCAUCUAGGGGACUUUUUUGACCUUGACAUUUUGACUAUAAUAAAAAAUAAUGACAAAAAUAUAAUUAAAAAAAAUAGAAGAAUGCCACUGUUAGCUCAAAUUGCAGAUUCCAGCCCCACCCUCACAACCCAAAACUAUAUACAGGACUGUAACAUAAAAGGACACCCAAAAAUUUUUUGGGGUGGAACUGUUAAAUAGUGAAACAUUCUUCCUUUUUUUAUACAGUUUCUGAUAAAAAUUAUAGCACUACGACUCUCCUAUACGGAAAAAAACGUAUCUGGUAUAAAUGGGAAAAAAUGGCCUGAGCUUCAACUAAAGUGACCAUUCAUCAUAGUCACUGCCUUGUGAUUUGUGAGCAGUUGUGUGUGUGAAAGUGUUAAUAAACUUCCUCCAAUAUGUUGGAAUGUGAGCAGACUAUAAAUGCUGAUCUCAUGCCCCAUACACCAAGAGAUGUGUUAUUAAUGGUUAGCACUAUACUGAAUGUUACCCCUUUGAGUUAGUUACUAUACCGGGCAGGACGGUGGCUCAGUGGUUAGCACUGGUGCCAUGCAGCGCUGGGUGGUUCCUAGGUUCGAAUCUGCAUGGAGUUUGUAUGUUCUCCCCACGUUUUACUCCCACAAAGACAUACUGAUAGGGAAUCUAGAUUGUGAGCCCCUCUGGGGACACCGUGAGGAUAAUGUGUGUAAAGUGCUGCAGAAUAUUUCAGCGCUAUAUAAGGGAGUAUCCUCCUCAUUUCACAAUCUAAAUGUAACCAUCUUGUCCUGUAGACAUCAUUCAGUGCCAGUGCUUCCCUUUUCUGUUUGUAAGUCCUUUGUUACUGUAACUAGAGGGGUGAUCUCUGUGUUUUUUGCAGGCUGACAACCGGAAGAGACAUAAGGAA